UCAAAUAUUGUCAUCCACUGAUGAUAUGCACGGUAGGGAAUGCAGAGUAAGCAUUGUUUUUUUUAAAUUUAUUUGGUUUUAAAUGAAAUCAAUAAUAAAUAUUUUAAAAGUGUAUAUUAUUAUUUUUAAAUUAGUGUGUGAUAAAAAUGUUAACAGUUGUGCCGAUCAGCAAGACUUUAUGAUGUUUGCGUGCCAGUGAUAUUAAAUUAGUUCAUCAGUUAAUUACGUGGUUAUCAUGUCGGGAAAUAGCACACAGGAAGAGGCAGAAGCAGCGGACCGGGCCCAAAUGGUCAAAAAAAUCCUUAGUGCAUUAUUUUACGCAAUAGCUUCAUUCAUGAUCACGGUUGUCAACAAAACUGUGCUGACUACUUAUGCAUUCCCUUCAUAUCAAGUAUUAGGCCUGGGACAGAUGGUCGCCACCAUCAUGGUGCUGUGGUUUGGUCGAUCAGCCAAACUAGUCCAGUACCCGCCUUUGGAUUCAGGCAUAGCGCGACGGAUAUGGCCUCUACCACUGAUCUACCUAGGAAACAUGGCAACUGGCCUUGGAGGCACCAAAGAAUUGAGUUUACCAAUGUUCACGGCUCUUCGACGCUUCAGUAUUUUGAUGACUAUGAUUUUAGAGCGUAUGGUACUUGGUGUAAGAGCAUCUUGGCCUGUACAAGCAAGUGUUCUUGCCAUGGUAGGAGGUGCUCUGCUUGCUGCUGCUGAUGAUGUCACCUUCUCUGUUACUGGUUACACCCUUGUACUGCUGAAUGAUGCAUUUACUGCUGCAAAUGGUGUAUAUAUGAAGAAAAAGCUCGAUGCUAAAGAUCUUGGUAAAUAUGGAUUAAUGUACUAUAAUGCACUAUUCAUGUUUGUCCCAGCAGCAUUGGUGGCGUGGAGAACUGGUGACCUUGAGCGAUCUGCUGAAUAUCCUCACUGGAAUGAUCCAUUAUUUUUAUCACAGUUCUUAAUGUCAUGCAUUAUGGGAUUUGUUUUGUCUUAUAGUGUUAUGUUAUGUACACAAUACAACAGUGCUCUAACCACAACCAUAAUAGGCUGCUUGAAGAAUAUCUUGGUCACUUAUCUUGGCAUGGUAAUAGGUGGUGACUAUGUUUUCUCCUGGUUGAAUUUUGUUGGUUUAAAUAUCAGCGUAUUUGCAAGUCUGUUGUAUACUUAUGUGACAUUCAAGAGAAAACCAUCCCCUGCCUAUGUGCUUGUGAACAAUGGUAAGGUUGAUACAGUAUAGUGAUUGCUAAAAAGGAAGCCGGCUCAUAGUUAUACUUACAGAGUGUAACAUAAUGGCUUCCUACCAAAGAAAUGCUUGUGAUCAAAAGCAUAUGAACUGUAUGACGUAAUGACAAAAUAUAACAAAUGUAUGACUGCUAUAAACAAAUGCAUAGUUUUCACUUGUUGAACAUCAGAAUAUAGAUUAACUUUUUAAAGCAAUUUCACAAAAGAGUGCCUAUUGACAUUGUAUUGUUGUUGAUUAUCAUAUUUUAAGAUACAUUGUUAAAUAAUGUGAAUUAUUUUAAUUAUUUUAAUUUUGGAUAGUGGCUUCAUUUAUGUUCAAGUGCUCUAUAGUUUUUUACAAAUGUGCGAUUUUAUAGGACAUUCUUUGAGAUUGGGGUACUCUAUAUAACUAAAUUUCUUACACUAUAAAUGCACUGUUAUAUAAAAUGAAGGAGACACAUGAAACAUUUAUGAUGUCACUUGACUAAUAUUUUAAUUUUUUUUAAAUGUUUUGAUGGUAAUUAUUAGAAAUUGAAUAUAUUUUUAAAGUUAUACACCUUUUUAAUGAUAAAAAUAAGAAUAAAGAAAAGAUAUCUAGUUUAUAUGCAUAAAAAUAUUUAUACCAUAUGUGUAAACAUGAAAAUAUAAUUUUAAUUCAAACGACUAUAGCUUUUUAGCAAAAAUAAUUGUUAACACAUGUUGAAUAUUAAAUAUUUUUGUAUUUUAUAGCUAUUUUUGUGAGCAUUUUUCUAGCUGAAUUUGUUAGCUAUUUGCAAACACUAUGUGCAUGUUAACUGAAAUAACUUUUACACUUGACAGAAUCACUGUUAGAAAUUGAAUUUACUAGCUUUCAAAAUAGAAGUGUCAAAAAAACAAUGACCUUUUUAAAAUAUAUAAUUUUAAUUUUUAAAUUAAUAUUUAAUUCUGCAAUAUUUAAUUUAAAUUUAUAAUUUUAAUUCAUUUAAUCUAUUUUAUUUUUAAUGAUAACUUCAACGGAAGGACUAAAGCUGUUUGUUAGUUUUAAAAUGGGAGUUAAUUGCUGGCCAUGUGUUUUUCUUUUUUACAACUCCGGCACAUUACGGCCCAUGUGCCAUCGACAUUCAUCACGACAUCUAUAUCGGAGACAUUUAAAAAAAUAGCCUCCUGUCACAACAUAAGUGUAGUACAAAAUGUCGAUUUAUCUUCAAAACGCAAUCUAUUAGAUUAUGUAUGCCAAAAAGCUAACUUCAAAAAUAAUUCAAAUUAUGCAGCCGUCAUUAAUAUUGUAUCGCGUAAUAUUGUAACAUUGUAUCGCAUUGACAUAUUCAAAGCAUAUCGACAGUACGAUCAUUGAUGACGAGUUGUCUACUAGAACUGCGUAUCCUAUCAUGAUUUAAACGGUGGUGGCUUCUGUAGACCCCAAAAAUUUCAGAACCUACGGAGAGAUAUGCGAACUUGAAAUACCCUCUUAAAUGUGUUGUCGAGCACAAAUUUCAACUUUUAUUUCGUUUCUUUUAUUGCCAAGCAAAACAAGUCUCUUAAAGUCAACUGCCACCCAUGCCAUUAGCAAUGUUAAACGUAAAGUAAAUAUGUUUUAAACACAGCUAAACAAUUACAAAUAUGCAAAGUGCAAAUCGCUAUUCAUCAUGUGAAGAUGUCACUCAUACGAGGCCGCUGAGUCCGAUUAUGCCCUCUUCGUGUUAAUACAGCCUCGGGCAAGUGUACCGUUCGUAAGACAACAAAUUAUUAAAAUAAAUCUAUGAACAAAAACUAAGUAAGCGUUUCGCUGUUUUAAAUGCUAAAAACUACAUACUAAAAAAUCUGAAAAAUGUCCACCUUAAUAAAAACUUACUUUUCAACGCAUAAGGUUAAGUCGCAUUAGUGGAGUUGCGAAAAAACCAAAUCAGACUUUUAAGACGAUUGUUAAGCUUUAUUUUAUGUAUUUCGGAGUAAACCGCUUACUUCCAAUAGUUUAAAAGUUAUUUCACGUACACGUACUUCGUUCUAAAGUAAGAAUAUAAAUCAAACGCAAUAUUGUAUUAGACUUUAAGCAUCAGUAGACUAAUAUUAGUUAAAUUAAGUAAUUUCGCACAUUGACGCACGUUCAUAAUAAUUUCUAAUAUUACGAAUGUUGUACUCGUAGUUGUAUUGACCACAGAACACUAUUACUUCUAGCGAAGGUAUUGACAAGUUUGUUAUUUGUCUCUUUAACUGCCGUUAUUGUAAAAACGAUGACAAUUAAAAUUGUUCAGAUUUUUUGAGAAAACAAUGUUCAUGCUAAACUAUCUAGCUGUUCCCUGCGUAGUUUUCAAGUCGUCACUUUGUUAUUUCAAAAAUAGUUUGUGUUAUGAAAUUCUUCACGUGCGUUGCCUAAACUGAAGGCUCUGAUAAAUGAAGGUAUUGUACAAUACAAUUCUAUCGUUAAUUAGUAAUUUGAUUGAGAUGGCUUCAAGAUUUUAUUGGUUACCCUUACGAGACACUAGGCUUUGAAUAAUAGGCACGAGUGCGCACUUUAUGUCUAUCGCAAUGUUUUCCGAACGAUUUUCUUACAACCAAUAUAAUUUGCAAGCUAAGGAGUCUUAACAACUGAACAACUUAACUAAUUAACUGCGUUUCUACAAACUUGAAAUAGAUUUUGUGGCUUCGCGGGCUUACUGUAGCCCCGUAUGCCUUUCUUAUUGGUGAGUGAGCUCAAAAGCUCAAACAUGAAGAUUUGGAACGAAAAAUAAUAUAAAUGUAGUUGGUAGCGAGCGCUGAACGUAUGAAGUUUUCAUUUGGAUGUGAAAAAAGGCUUAUUAACACUAGAUUUACCAGCCAUUUAAAUAUACGUAUUUCUACCAUAACCAGUCAAUAUGACUGGUGUAUAAAAAAAAUGCUUAACUGAGUUUCCAGUCUUUAUUCACUCUUAACUGUAAGCUCUCAUUUCCUGUAUCAAAUUUAAAUCAGCCUAAUGGCUUUUGCAUGAAGUUCGAAAUCUAUUCUCUAGAGUUCUGUAAACUUGAAAAUGCGGGCGCAUUAAAUAUCAAAUGACUAAAAAAACUGUUUUAGUAAUGUUAAAUUAGUAUUAAUACCAGAUCCGGAAGCAUUCUGAGAAAUGUGAAUUGUUAAGCAGAGAACAGUCAGGGCCACUAACUAAAACAUUCCUUUCGUUCAUAAACUUCUGUUAAACCACAAAGAGCUUUCAAUUAAAUUCUAAAUUAGUUUGCGAUUGUGAUGUCGCUGAAAACGCACGUGAAGACAAGUUUGUACUGUUCCAAGGCUAGAUCUGGAUAUCUCAAAGAAAGGGUCUCAACUGCAGAUUGAGAAUUCAGUUCCUGCUUAGUGCUAAUUCAGUUGCGAGAGUCAGUGUCAGUCGUACAAGCUUGUUAAUUAAGGGUGAUUCGAAUCCUUCUGCAUUGUUCUCGACCGCAGACUCGAUGAAGUUUUACAAGUUGGGAAAUCUCUUCCCAGCUGCACACGCGUUGUGGUGUAAAGUGAUUUAGCUUAAGUUGGAUCAGGGCAGUGGAUUUGUGAUUUCUAUUGGCUCCUGUAACCAUUUAACAACAGAACCUGAGCUCUUCCACAGCACAAAACUAAAUCAUUAAUAUCACUUAACCACAAAAGUUUUAAAGAAUUGUUUUCGAUAAUAAUUUGUUUAAUGUACGAACAUAAUUACAUUGUGAAGUAUACAUUUAGCUUCAUAGAUAAGAUAAUGCUGAGAGAGUGAGCCGUUUUAUCAAUGUGUUUUCAAAUUGAUCAUAAUUGUAUUUCAAAGUUAAUACCGCCAUUUGAGAGAUAAUUUCUUUUUGAUCUUAUCAGUAACGUUCCAUCAUAAAACUAUUUACGGCAUCAAAGGAACAAUAAUGUAAACUUCGGUUUUCCCGAAGUCCAUUCCGUUCAUUAAUUUUACGGUAUUUAAAUUACAUGUACCUAAUUUUAUUAUAAAUUCAGUAAAAAUCCGUUUCCCAACAAGGCUUAGGAUUAACGGUCUUAUUCAUAAUUAGUUAUGGGAGCCUAAAAAAAUCACAUUUUUUUCUUAUAGCGGGCUAGUAGAGUUUCGAAAACUCGUCAUGGAAAAGAUUGAAGGAAUUGAAUCUAUUAUUUACGCGAUGCUAAAAUUUAAAUUUAAUAAAUCUGAGAAAUACAUAACAUGCUAUUGAUAAUUUAAUAAAUAAAAUUAUAGUAAAAAAAAAGUAAUACAUAUUAAAGAAAAAGUCAUUAAUAAGCUUCAUUAUAGUUAUUAAAGAACCAGCAAACUAUGUAGGUAUCGAUAUGUUUAUUAGUACGACGGGUAUUGGUUCGUGUGCUCUUAUCGUACAUUAUAAAAAUCAUUUGAGCGAUUAUUCAAAACUCCAUAAAUCUCAAUCUACGGUAUAUUUCGGCCGGCAAACGUCGACAGACCCGGGAGAAACUAACCAUUUAGUUUGUUAAGUAGGGAAAAUGUCCGACAAUUGCACACUGGUCAAAACUUGUCUCUGUUUUUCGGUACAAAGUUAUCUUUUAUUUUGACUGACUCAGUGGUACAGUAGUUAGCGGGCCUGGCUGUUGCGCCGAUGGUCGUAAGUUCGAUUCCCACAUCGGGCAAACAUUGUGUGAUGAAUGAAAUGAUUUGUUUGCUCUUUGUCUUGGUGUUUAUUAUAUGUACAUAUUCAAAUAUAUAUAAGUAUGUUUGUUAAUCUCUGAUAACAUAGGGAAUCCUAAAUUGGAGCCGGAUGACCUUGCGUGAUUUGUUCCUAACUAAAAAAAAUUUAAAGUUAUAAAAAUUACAUAUUUUUUAAGAUCUUAUCACCUGUGUGUGCUGAAUGUAUCGAAACUUUUAAUGUAUGAUCAACAUCAUUGGCUGCUUCAUUUUGCCAUACUACAUUAUUUUGCUUCAUCGAAAAUAGAAUCUGGGAAUGUUCUAACAUUUCGUGCAAAUGAAUGCAGUCGAGCUUAGUCCCGAACACGUCUUGAAUAUAAACUAGUUACAGUUCGAUAAACUACACAACAAGUGCUCGAUUUAAUUAAUUCUCCAUUAACUGGAGAGAGCUUUGUGACCUGCGUCCCGCCAUCGGCGAAUUCGUUCAUCUUUUAUAUUAAUAGUCUGUUCAUUCCAAUUUCGUAAUUUAUUUCAUUACUUACGUUCCCCACCCAGACCUAGCUCGACGAAAUCUAAUUAGUUAGGUCCUAGAGAAAAUACAGUACGAACAACAGCGUCAGUUUCUUCGUGAACAACGUAAUGAAAUUUGGUCGUGUUCCUGGAUCCCGUUAGUUGAAGCGAAGGUGCACUCUAAAUUCAAAUUACCUUAGUUACCUUCUGAAAUUAAUAAAAUUACUUUCAAGGCAAGUGAGUAUUGCAUUUCGACGAAAUACUUGCUAUGGACGUGAAAAAUCUCAUCUUAAAUAAGCUUAAAAUUUUACCGCUCAUCUCUUUAGUGCGCCCGCAUUACUUUAUUUAUUUAUAACAGUUUUUGUCCUUGAUUAAAUUAGCAAUUCCAAUAUCGUUUUUACAUCGGCCCGAAAGCACUUGGGAGUGACAAAAACGCCGCCAAUUGAUCGCUAAGGUCAUUGCACGUACAUAUGUUUCGUAACACAAAGUUUGUAAACUGCGUGCGCGAUCAUCGGUCCGAGUAAAAGUUUAGUAUUUCUGUACGAAGAUAUCUGCUUUAUCGUGGCCCAAUGUCCUUGAAGUAGAGAAUACACAAAAUAAACGGACUUAGUACGUGCCGAUUCGCGCUUAGAUCGCCGUUAACGUUAACGGUUAGAAAUUAGAAUUACUAAUUACCUAAUAAUGAAUUGCUUGUUAUCGACAAUGUGUUUUAACAUCGAAAAUGUAACUACUACUUAACUUGUACCUUAUCUGCACUACUUAAAACUGCACAACAUUAAUUAAUUCAAACCAAUAUAGUUAAUGUUCUUUAAGUUCUGUUACGUUCUUUUGCUUCGCUUAAAAUUAAUUGAAAAGUUGAGCGGACUUUUUGCGACUGCUUCACGUUCAGAUUCAAGUCACUUUUAAGUAAUUAAAAAAAUAUAUUCUUGAUUAUUUACGAAGAAUGUUUCAUGUUGCAAUUACAUUUAUAGUGUCCGAUUUGUUCGUGUUUUAACGAUUAAUAGAUAGUAGCCUCCGACUAAAUGUUUAUUACAUACAUAUCUAGAUAACUAGUCAGAGGGGUCGCUUUGGAAUCUAUUCCGUUUUCUGAUAUUUGUCCACAGAUCCCAUAAUACAGAAAUUUUUCGUGCAAUGAGCUUAGUGCGAGUUUUUUAACGCUCUCGAUAGCGUAAAAGUUAACUCAAAUUUGUAUGGAUUUGGAACGUUCGUUUACGUAUGCCAUUAGGGGUUGUUCCAGCUGGAUACAAAUUUGAGUUAACUUUUACGCUAUCGAGAGCGUUAAAAACUCGCACUAAGCACACAGAUCACGUCCAUUGACCGGACUAAGUAAAUUGGGAGAGACCUAUCCUCUUUAUCCAGCAACGGACGGCUGUGGGCUGUUGAUGAUGAUGAUGACGAUGACAACGACGUCCUCGGUUACGGACAAACUAAAAAAUAAUUUAAAAUUAUAAACAUAAUGUUGCUAACAAUUGUCUUUGGGUGAGCAUUGUCGUCACAAAACUGUCGUUGAGGAUUUAAAAUGCAGACUUGACCGUGAUUGACCGCGCUCAAUAUCGCUAAUUCUAGAUCGAGUUACGCUAACGUAAGCCGUGUUUUCCUCACAUUUCUCCUUUAAAACACGAUGCGACGUAUGUUAAAAUAUUAGGUUUUCGUUUUUAUUUCAUUCCAAUAAAAUAUUUAAAUGAAAUCACAUCGCUUUGUUGUACUGUAUGUACGUUAGAUAGAACGUUGGCUUUUGAUUGAAUUUAUAGUCGUUUCGUAUCGUGUUCUCCAUACAUUUGGAAUUUGUACCUUCACGUCCGCAAUCCACACGAUGCCUUGUCGCCAUUUACUCGUAGAGAAGCACAAGCCUGAGAUAUAAAUCUGCGACAUCUUUCACUAUCAUGAUCCACUAAUGGUAAAAGAUGUUGUGAAAAGAUGAAAAGAUGUUGUACACAAUCAUGGAGUAAAAAAUGUUUCAAUCAUAUAAACUUUGAAUGUAACUACCAUGUUGAGCAAAGAUGAUCCAUUUUAUUACGUAGACAAUAAAUGUCAUCUUAAGUUGACGAACAGGAAUUUGGAAGUUGAUUCAAAAAGAAAAAACGCAUGUAUACUUCGGAAUAUUAUUAUAAUGCCAGGACGUCGCGUUUUUUGUUUGCUUUUAGUAUUUGAAAAAGGUUAACUUGAAAUAUGCUCAGUAUAUAUGUAUAAAUAUAAAAAGUAUACGCGUGUAUGUUUGCAAUAAUUCACGACACUUAAUGUCACAUUGAGCGUUUACAUAACAGCUUCGCAGACAUAUUUCUAAGUAAAUAUAAUGAAUAGUGAAAUUAUUUAAAACGGAUAUUUUAAAAAAUAUAUUUAUGAAAUUAAAAACGUUCAAUUAAAUUAGAUUUAGUUGUAAGAUAAAAUUUUAAGAUAAAUAAAUAUCAAAUUAACAUAACAACAAUGUCUUCACAAGUAACAUAUUGAUGGGAUGUUAAUACCUAUAUUUUAAGUAUAAAAAUUUAAUUGUAAUUUAUUCUAUUUAUAUUCCUAAAUGGUACUAGCUUGUCCUUAAAUAGAUUUGUAUAUAAUUAACAUACUGCUACAUCGAAAAUGCACGUCUUAAAAACGUACAUAAUAUAAAAUUACCUCGAUAUUAAAAUUUUAUAAAAACAUGUAGGUUCAAUUUUCAUUAAACAUUUUUUUCUAUGCAAUAAUUAUUAAAAAAAAACUAGCUAAUGCAUAUUAUCAUCAUUAUUAUAAUAAUUAGAUUAAGAACACCAACAUAAGAAUAUAUUUUUACUUAAAAUUCUAGCAGCGUUACUGUUAUUUAAUUAAAAUGUCAUAUAAUUUUAUACGAACGAUCAGUAAAAUCGAUAAAACUCACAUUCAGAUACACUGUUGUCAAAUUUAAAUUAAAUAAAAAAUAAAUUUAAUUAAAUCUUACAUGGUCUUAUGUUUAUGUCUUCAGGUCUUGUAAGAUAGGAGCAUGCCCCUAUGUUUUGUACAUAUUAUCGAGUAAUAUUACCUGUUAAAUUCCAUGUCUGCAAGUAUCAUUAAUUACAACUUUAUUCUGUGGCUUUACACAAAUUCAAUAACAAGCACGGAGGAUUAUCCUCUGCCUUUUCAAGGGAUUAUUGCAACAACGUCAACUAUAUUUUUCAACAAAAUAAAGUAAUUUUUAAUUCAAUUACCGACUUGAAUGUUGAUCUAAAGUCUUUACUUAAAGUUUCGACUACAAUAAUAGCACAUUGAUUAAGUAUGUUAUUUUAAUAAAUAGUAAAGAUUUUGGGAAGUCCAUUAAAUCGUUAGUAUAAUAAUUUAAGUAGCAUACAGACUCAUUGUGAUUGUUCAGUAUUUAAAUCGUAAAGAUUUUAAUUAAAAUCACUCGCAAUCGUGGUUUGCACGGGAGUGACGUUGAAGGCAUCGCACUCAGGUACCGUCGGCACGAACAUCACAUACCCGUUCAUCCCGUCUAACCACGCGAUCUAGUUGUCAGUACCAGCGCGUGAACUUUUCCUCGUUCAAUAAUAAACCGGAUUCGCCCGACAUUAGGACCAUAUCAGCACAAAUACGUCUCCUCCAACACAAUGCACAAACAUAAGGUAGCAAACGCCGUUUCUUUUCAAGCCAAAACAAAUUUUAGUAACUGAAAAUAGAAUUCAGUUACAGCUAAAAUUAGUUUAUACAAAUACGAUAUUGUUUGUCGGUACACGGUUUAUCUGUCUGUGAGCAAAUUUAAAUAUGCAAAAUACAGUUUAAUUUUUAUAAUAUCGUGUUCAGGUAAUUGACGCUGUUCAACUAUUAAAAGUAUUCUAUUAUUAAAAACGUUAAAAUGAACACAUAAAAUGUAUGUAUUACAAUUUAAUUAUGAACAAAAAAUUAUAUUUAACGGACUAAUACAUGCUGUGAAGAGGUUGACGGAAUUUUAGAUUAUAAAUGUGUUAAAAAAUUCUGUAGAAGUAACCGUGUUUGCUUUUGAUAUCUGUUUGUUAAGUAUGUAUUUACUUUGUGAUUGCACCUAAUGAUGUGUUUCCCAUUAUAGUGUGACUAAUUCGCGCACAAAGUAUCAAGUGAUGAUUGUUUUAAAACAUUCGUAGGAAUUGAUGAAUAAAAAAAUUGCAACAUUGUAUUCGGUUAAUAUUUAAUUACAUAGUAUUUAAAUUUCGUGUCGAAUAGUACUUAUUAAAAAUAAACCAGUUUAAAAAAAAAAACUGUGCCUUAAAAUGGUAAAGAAUGUAAAAAAAAAUUACGUUGAAUGGCAGCAUUUAAGUUUCAAUCGCUGAGACUUCAUCGAGAAAUGUAAAAUCGACCCAAACGAGAAACUUCAAUAUAUGUAGUUCUAAGCAUGUAACACCGGUAGAAGAACUCCCAGGAAUCAACUCCGAAUACUCGUAUUGCACUGUGAUAUCAAUCGGGAAAUAAAGAUUUUUAAUUAUUAGAAAAAUAACGAAUAAAGUUUUGUGAUGCCACCCAACCGUUUUCAAUAAUAUUAAUAUUUAAAUAAUUAUAAAAUGAUUUUAUUCAAAUGAAACUUCAUUAGACGCGUUGAGAGUAAAAUUUACCUCGCGACAGAUUCGUUACGGCAACAGAGAAAAUAUAUAAUUUAGGAAGAUCCAGAGUGAGAAAAUAGACAGAGCGUCUCGCGAACCACUCGACCGUGGAGAGAGGCACUCUAUUGCAUGAGAAAUUUGAUUUAAGGAUGAAAAAUGACGAAAACCAUAAUACUACUCACUGAAAGACCUGGUGCACGCAAAAUAAUUUUACUUCUUUUGCAUGCACCAAGUUGCGCGAGCGCCAUUUUUUUUUGUCCCUAUGGUCAACUGACUUGUCAGGAAAAUCCAGUCUGUAGGUACAAGAUAAAUGCCAGCUGUAAGUCUUUUGAAGCUGCAUACAAUUAGUGGCUCAUUAGAUCCAUUAAGCACGAAAGAAAAGAUCUUCCGACCAUCGCGAAAAAACAUCAGAAAAACGAUGUAGCGCGGAUUACGCUAGUCUAGUAAAGAUUCAUAACAAAGUCAGUACAAUGUUAUACUUGUAAUUAUUAUAAGUUCUGGAUGCAAAACUUGUAGCGCUCGAACUUAACUCCGUCUAAACUUCAAUAACAGGCCGGCGGCUGCUUCUGUCUAAGAAUUGUAACAAUAUUAACAAUCUACGGACGCCGGAGUUGUUUACUGGGAUCGUUACUGGAUUUUCUUUUGUAGUAUUACUGCACUACACUGUUUUGUUAUUAAAACUAUCGAUAACGAAUCUAGCGUUGAAUGUUUCAGCGAUUUGAAAACUGAAAUGCUGGUUUGGAUCUAAAAAAUCGAUUACGUUAUUGAACAACAAUUGUCUUGGUAUUUUAGAGAUGUCAAAAAAAGGAAUCAGCUAUUUACGCCUGCAUACCUUAUAAUUAACAUGGCUGAUAGAGCUGAUAUUUCUAGAACAGUAUCCAGACGCUAGUCCGAGCGUGCUACUUUUUUGUAUUUAGGUAUCAAUUGAUUCGAAUCGAAAUGUAAAAAAAAAAGUUGAUUUGAGGAGCAUCUCUUCUCGUAUAAUAAAAAAAUUGUUUAAAGAAGUGUCGUUGGAUUUACUGGAAACAAUAUAUUUAAAUUUACAUCUAUUACAUUAUUAUAAAAACCUGAAUCUGAAAUCUGGUAACUAUUUUUCAAUUUCAGUAAAUAUCCUUCAAAAUCUUCGGGAUGAAUGUCAUCGUAAAUCUUUUAGAGGCACUUAAUUGAUUGACACGUUUUUCAGAAAAGCAUUUUUUAUCAAACGAGAUCAUGUGGCUUGAUGUUCCGUGUUCGACGUGUGCGUGUGUCGACUCACCGCACGUAUGACGUCAAUACCCGUUAGUUCUCAGACAAAUCUUACAAUAUACGUGAUCUAAAGGCUGUGGAAAUCACGUUUUGGUUAUUUUAAAAUUACAUUCUUGAGUUCCUUUCGUUUUAAGAUUGACAUUAGACAAAUUCGAAAAUUAUAAUUUAAAAAAAAUCAAAUUAUUUUUAAUUACGUGCAUUUAUUUUAGUGAUGUAAAUGACGCCAUAUUAUUUUCUGUAAUCUAAGUUUUUUUUUUAAAAUACAAUUGUGAACGAAUAAUAAAAUUAUCGAUUUGAAUGACAAA